AUUGAAUCCGCCAAAAAGUCAGCUUGCAGCGCAGCCCGCGAUCUUCCCGAAACCUCGUCGUCCCCAAACUCCAGUUCAGCAACACCGCCAGAAACCCACAAAGCCAUCAAGAUGGGUCGCGUCCGUACCAAGACCGUCAAGAAGUCCGCCAAGGUCAUCAUUGAGCGGUACUACCCUAAGCUGACCCUCGACUUCGAGACCAACAAGCGGGUGUGCGAUGAGAUUGCCAUCAUCGCCUCCAAGAGGCUGCGCAACAAGAUUGCCGGCUACACCACCCAUUUGAUGAAGCGCAUUCAGCGUGGUCCGGUCCGCGGUAUCUCCUUCAAGCUCCAGGAGGAGGAGCGUGAGCGCAAGGAUCAAUACGUCCCCGAGGUUUCCGCCCUCGACUUCUCCGAGGCCGGCCAGCUCGAGGUCGACACCGAGACCAAGGACCUGCUCAAGCACCUUGGCUUCGACUCGAUCCCGGUCAACGUCACCCCCGUCACCCAGAACCCCGUCGUGGAGCGCGGCGGCAGGCGGUUCGGCGACCGCCCCCCUCGCCGCGACUAAGCGUAUCCUUUGCAACAUGUUGGCUGGCUUUUUCCGGGGAAACGCGACAAUCUCACGACACAAAAAAGGAUACGGCUGCGGGUUAUGGCGAUACAUGGGCAUGGCUACACGGCGUCUAUCUGGGAGGUCAUGAGAACACAGGUAUAGAUCCUCGAAGAAUAGAGAGAUCUGUUGCCCACACAAGGUGUCGCCGAUUCCCUAGGGUAAUUCCGGGGAUGACGCUUGAUUGCCAAUCUCAAGUCCCUUUGAGACCGUGGUGCGUGUUGAAACGAGACUCGGGCUGUGCUGCUGCCGGUCGAGUUUAUCAGUGAUUUUAUGUGACACUUGACGGCAUCU